CUAACUAUAUAUGUACCAAUGCAAAGAAAUACACACUUUAAAGAAGAUGGUGAAAAAUAGAUAUCGUGUUGAGGGAUCAAUAUGUGAAGCUUAUAUCAUUAAAGAAAUUUCAACAUUCAAUUCUCAUUAUUUCCAGCCUAAUGUGCAAACUAGGCUCAACAAAGCUACUCGAAAUGAUGAUGGAGGUGAAGUUGAUGCACCCGAUGGUUGUCUAUCCAUCUUUUUGCAUUUCGGACGUCCGAGUGGGGAGAUGAAUGGUCGUUAUUUGUCCGAUAAGGAGUGGGAUGCGGCAAGAAUAUAUGUUUUGUUGAAUUGUGAGGAGAUUCAACAAUUCAUCCCUAUCUUUGAAGCUGAAUUGAAAAGAAAUUCAGAGAAUAUCAGUCUCAAGGAAAUUGAUAAAGAGACGAAUAGUAGAUUUGCCAACUGGUUCGAAGCUUAUGUGAGUAAAAUACUAUAGUAUGAAAAAGUUCUUAUUUUUAUUUAUCUACAUCAAGUUAUAAUUUAUACAUAACUAUAUAGAU